AUGGCGCCGGGGGAGGGCGGGGAGAAGAAGGGGAGGAGGAGGAGGAGGUGGCUGCCGGCGGCGUGCCUCCCGCGGCCCGGGUGCUUCACGGUGUCCGCCGCCGACGAGGGGCCCUCGGGCUCCGGCUCCGGCGCCGACGAGGGAGGCGGAGACGGGGCCAGCAGGCGGGCGCCCACACAUCUGAUCGUGACCGUCAAUGGGAUCGUCGGCAGUGCAGAAAAUUGGGGUUACGCAGCAAAACAUUUCAUCAGAAAACACCCUGAGGAUGUGGUUGUUCAUUGCAGUGGAUGCAACUCAGCAACUCGAACUUUCGAUGGUGUUGAUGUGAUGGGAAGGAGAUUAGCGGAGGAGGUGAUUUCAGUUGUUAAGUGUAGACCAGAACUUCAGAAGAUCUCCUUUGUUGCACACUCAUUGGGUGGGUUGAUUGCAAGAUACGCCAUUGCACUACUAUAUGAGCCUACUACACAAACAGAUUGUCAUGAGGAGUAUGAGAAGGAUGUCAAUGAUGCUCGUAGCAACCAACCGAUGGGUCAAGGCAAGAUUGCUGGUUUGGAGCCCAUGAACUUUAUAACUUUUGCAACACCACACCUUGGCACAAGAUCACAUAAACAGAUGCCCCUUCUCCGUGGUUCCUAUAGAUUGGAAAAGAUGGCUUUUGGUAUGUCCUGGCUUGCUGGGAGAAGUGGAAAACAUCUUUUUCUAAAGGAUGUUGAAGAUGAGAAGCCACCAUUACUUCUUCAGAUGGUUACUGAUUACGGGGAUCUCCAUUUCAUAUCAGCUCUUCGUUCUUUCAGGCGCUGUGUUGCUUACUCAAAUGUUUGUGGUGAUUUCGUUGUUGGCUGGAAGACAUCUUCAAUACGCCGUCAGCAUGAGCUUCCCAAGAAAGAAGAUUUUGUGGAUGAUGUAAGAUAUCCACAUGUUGUAUAUGUGGAAAAACCAAAGGCUCGGGAUGUUGAUUUUUCGGAUGAAAUGAUUUAUCAGGCAAAAACUACAAGUGAAAUGGAAGAGGUAAUGCUGAAAAGCCUAAAUAGAAUUCCCUGGGAAAGGGUAGAUGUUAGCUUCAAGAGAAGUAGACAAAGGAUUUUUGCCCAUAGCACCAUUCAGGUGAAGAUAUAUUUCUUCAACUCUGAUGGGGCUGAUGUGGUCUUCCACAUGAUCGACCAUUUUCUCUACUAA